UUGUUCAUUCUAGUAGAUAACACAUCUACUCAGUUCUCAUAGACAAUAGAGAGGUCAAAGUUCUAACCCUUUGCUUCAAUUUUGAAGUUCUAAGUUCUAACCCUUUGCUUCCGUGACCAUGAGUACUCUCUCUGAAGCCUAUGAAGACCUCCCUCUUGAUCUCCAGCAUAUCAAACCCGUAGACUUUGCUUCUCUCCGAGCUGUGCCUGACUCGCAUGUUUGGCAUGAUUCAUCAUUUGGGGCCUGCUCCGAUGAGCAUGAAAACUCGUUGGUGCCUGUGAUCGACCUCGAGGAUUCCAAUGCCACAGAGCUUAUAGGCCAAGCAUGUGAGACAUUGGGUGUGUUCCAAUUGAAGAACCAUGGGAUACCCUUGAGUCUUAUAGAGGCGGUAGAGUCCGAGGCUGCAAGGUUCUUUGCUCUGUCGGCUCGACAAAAAUUGAAGGCCCUACGGUCUCCUGGUGGGGCCACCGGAUACGGCAUAGCUCGAAUAGCGCCAUUCUUUUCCAAGUAUAUGUGGCAUGAAGGUUUUACCAUCAUGGGUUCUCCUGUUGAUCAUGUUAAGGAACUUUGGCCCCAUGACCAUGAAAGGUUUUGUGAUGUAAUGGAAGAUUAUCAGAAGAAAAUGAAGGUUUUGGCGGAGCGAUUAACCCGCCUAAUCUUCAAGUCCUUGAACAUCUCUGAUGAAGAAAUAAGCUGGCUAAGUUCAACCAGCAAUGACUCUGGAAGUACUAGUCGUGUCAGCGCAGCUUUACAGCUAAAUUCCUAUCCCCCAUGUCCAGAACCAAACCAAACCAUGGGUCUAGCCCCUCACACCGACACUUUCCUCUUGACUAUCCUCCACCAAACUCAAACAAACGGCCUCCAAAUCUUCAAAGACGGAGUCGGAUGGCUUCCAGUUCCUCCAGUUGAAGGUGCACUCGUGGUUAACAUGGGUGAUCUCUUCCAUAUCCUCACCAAUGCACGAUUUACAAACGUUCUUCAUCGUGUCGUCGUCAGUGGAACCCAGCAACGCUUGUCCACUGCCUACUUCUACGGCCCUCCUAUUGAUUUCAUUCUUUCUCCUUUCUCUAAAGUUUUGAACUCAGCUCAAGCUCCUCAUUACCGCUCUGUUGCAGUGAAAGAGUAUGUUGCUAUCAAGGCCCAGAAUCUUGAGAAAGCACUUUCGUUUAUUAGAGCUUAAGGAGAUUGAUUUUUUUCCCACCAAUAAUGAGAUUAUGGGUUCUGUUAGAUGGCAAAGUAGCUGUCUUAAGUUUGACUAGGAGCUCCCUAGUUUAAGUCCGGGCACUACUACUUUGAAAAGACUCUCUGGACCAACGAUUUAUCCUGUUAUAAGUCCACCCAUGGCGAAUAGUGAUUAGUCUCUGGUUGAAAGUUUUGAGAAAAAACUGUGGUAAAAAAAAAAAAAAAAAAAAAAAACUUCCAUCUGUAUCAUAUUUUGAUGUCAACUAUCACAUAUGUUAAUACUUAAUAGUUGGUAGUUCAAAAUAAGAGGAGUGGUGUGCACAAAAAGCUUGUACGUACAAUAAGUGUGCAAAUUCACUUUCUAUAAUAGUAUGAGAAUUAGGGUAA